GGGGAAAGCAUUGGGUCCUCGUCACGCUGCUGUUGAGUAAUGUCAUCACCAACGAGACAUUGCCCAUCGUGCUCGAUCGCAGUCUGGGAGGAGGAUGGCCCGCCGUGUUGAGCAGUACGGUUUUGAUCGUCAUCUUUGGAGAAAUCAUCCCGCAGUCUAUCUGUGUCAGAUACGGACUCGGUGUUGGUGCAUUGUUCUCACCUUUCGUGCUCGCGUUGAUGUACCUGAUGUACCCGGUCGCAUACCCUACCGCGCUCCUCCUCGAUUACAUCCUCGGAGAAGACCACGGCACUGUCUACAAGAAGGCCGGACUCAAGACACUCGUCACGCUGCACAAGAGCCUGGGACCGCACCCUUCGGAACGUCUCAAUCAGGACGAGGUUACGAUUAUUUCGGCUGUGUUGGAUCUGAAGGAGAAGCCGGUUGGCGCAAUCAUGACGCCCAUUAAGGAUGUGUUCACCAUGUCUGCCAACCAGCUGCUCGACGAGGAGACUAUGGACGACAUCUUGUCGGCCGGAUACUCGCGGAUUCCGAUCCACGCGCCGGGCGAGCCAACCAAUUUCGUUGGUAUGCUGCUAGUCAAGGUGCUGAUCACGUACGAUCCCGAAGAUGCUAGGCCCGUGCACGAAUUCCCACUCGCUACGCUUCCGGAAACCGCCGAAGAUACUUCCUGCCUCGAUAUCGUCAACUUCUUCCAGGAGGGUAAGUCGCACAUGGUUCUCGUGUCUGAAUAUCCCGGUGAGAACCAUGGUGCGCUCGGUGUGGUCACGCUGGAGGAUGUCAUUGAGGAGCUCAUCGGCGAGGAAAUCGUCGACGAGAGCGACGUCUUUAUUGAUGUGCACAAAGCAAUCCGCCGUCUCAACCCAUCGCCCCUGUCCCUCAGCCACGCCGCCCGUGCCAAGAUCGAAGCUCAAUACGUCGCGCGCAAUGCCGACGCCCACAUGCUCGCCCAAACCGCGUCCGCCGUUGCCGCCGCCCACCCCGGCGAAAGCGCCGACCUCCUGAUCACGACGGGCCCGGAACCGGCGCUGCGUGUAGGAACCCCCGCGCACAUUGAUGAAGCAUCAUCGAUGGGUCGGGGUCGCAAGCACUCCGGAGCCAGAGUUCCAGGUCUCUCUGACGAAGUGAUAGCACACCUCACACUAGGGCCCGCGAACCUUGCCGGCCGCCCCCGGGAAACCACGAGCAAGACUGUUAAGAUCAAGCACGUCGACCCCACGCGGCGGUCCGAGGACCCCGGACAGCGACCGUCCCUGGCCAACUUUGGCUACCAGGACGGCCCCGCCGAUUACCCCUCCAACACAUUAAGAAAACCUGUGUCCGACUCCGCCAUCCUGCAGUUCUCCGACAACCCCAACAGCGAUGCGGGACGAACACUCCGCGCGCCGGUGCCGGCGGGAUACAAGAAGAAGGCGCGCACGGGGAGUCUGAUCGAGCGAACCGAUGUCGUUGGAGGUAUCCCAAAGACCAUCAUCGAGACGACAAGCAGCGAGGAGGAGUACGAAGAUAGCUCGAGCACAAAGUCAGGUCACUCCAAUAAGAGUAGACAUAAACGUGCGCUGAGUUCGGAGCAUUCGCCGCUGUUGGGGCCGAAGGACAAGGCCGUAUGA